AUGGAGUCUCCUUCGUUUACUUACACCGCUCUUCCACCAGGCAGGUUCUUCCGCCUGCUCAGUGUGCACCCAGGCGCCCCUGAGGACAACCUCAUCUGCGACCUAUUUCCCUACGAGAUAGACACAGCCCCGCCAUACACUGCCCUGUCCUAUGUAUGGGGCGACCCGACCAAAAGUGCAGAGGUGACAUGCUCAGGCCACGCAUGCAACAUCACGCAGAGCCUCUCCGAGGGGCUCCGCCGCAUCCGCAAGGCCGACGAGCCCCAAAUCGCCUGGGCCGACGCCAUCUGCAUCAACCAGAAUGACAUGGUCGAAAAGGGCCAUCAGGUCGACCUGAUGGGCGUCAUCUACGACACUGCGAGCAACGUCCUGGUCUGGCUGGGCCCGGACCCUUCCGACAGCGCGCGGGAGGCGUUCCGGUGCCUGUCCACCAUCAACGAGAAGAUAUGGACGCGGACGGACCAAGUGUGGUACAGCCCGCCAGAGGAGGAGGUGCCCAUGCGCAACGUCACGCUCAUCUCCAGCUCCGGCGAACAGCAAGAGGUGUCGGCCCCGACCGCCAGGAGAUCCAUCCUCGGCGACGUGCUCGGCCCGCACGGCAGGGACGCCAUCAGCAAGCUUUUCGGCCUGACGUGGUUCACACGCGUGUGGGUGCUCCAGGAGGUCGGCCUGGCCGAGGCGGCGACGGCCUUCUGGGGCGACGCCGGCGUCGACUUUGCCGAGAUCGCCGUCUUCAUCGCCAACGUCUACGGCGAGGAGGACCUCAAGUACUUCCUCGGGCCCGAGAUCUCCGGGUCCCUCGCCGGCUCGCCCCUGUACGCCCUCUGGAACGUCUGGUGCACGUACGGCAAGCCCAGCUCGUGGGUCUACCGGUCGCCGCUGCUGCGGGCGUUCGCGGGCCAGAUCGCCGCCACGUGCGACGUGGACUUCACUCUCGUCCUCGAGGCGUCGAGGUACUUUGACGCGACCAACGAGCUGGACCACGUAUACGCGUUCCUCGGCCACCCCAAGGCGAAGAAGCCGGGCACCGACCAGGCGUGGCUCCGCGUCGACUACGCCCUGAGCGUCAGGGAGCAGCACCGGCUGCUGGCAGUCAGCAUGGCAGAAGAGUCGCUGAACUUUCUCGUCCAGGCGCAGCACACGGACGAAUCUCUGGAAUCAACUGCCGACUACCCGUCGUGGGUGCCGAGGUGGAACGAGAAGACCCCGCUGCACGCAGACGCAUUCUGGGAGGCGUACGACGCGAGCCGCCGCAAGGUAUCUCGGGAGCCUUUCAGGGCACGCGCCGACGGAGACAGGCUCGCCGUGUCGGCAACGAUCAUCGACUCCGUCGACAGCUCCACGGCGCGCAUGGAUAAGUCCGGCUUCGAGCCCAUCGAGGAGGCAGGCGGCCGCCUGCUGGAGCAGUGCUGGGCCGUGGCGACGCAAAAGCCCUGCCCGUACGGGCCGCAGGACGCCGUCAACGCCUUCGCGUCGACGCUGACCUGCCACUACAAGCCCCGGGACGGCGGCGGCGGCGGUGGAGGCGGCAACGCGCCGGGGAGCCACCACUCGGUGGUGGAGCAGCUCGCGGGCUUCUGCAUGCGCGCCGGCGUCAAGUUCUGGCAGGACAUCGAGGCCACGGGCGGGCUGUGGAGCCUCGACACCACGCUGGUCGCCGGCAAGAUGUUCGGGCCGCAGUUCAAGGCCUACGGGACCAACCGGCGCUUCUUCAACACCGAGGAGCGCGGCCUCUGGGGGCUGGGCCCGGCGGCGAUGCGGCAGGGCGACGUGUGUGCCGUCAUCUUUGGUGCCGAUGUCCCGUUUGUUCUUAGGCCCGUGGACGACGCCAGAGGCGAGUACAAGGUUGUCGGGGAGUGCUAUAUGUACAAGUUCAUGGAUGGAGAGGCGGUGUUUCCAGGGCAAGGUGGACAGGUUGGUUUUAGCAGGGACGAUAUUGUCCUAGUCUGA